GUAAUCUUCAACUUUCGCGCACUUUUAUUUUACGAUACCGCUGAAUAGCAGAGAAGGCAUCAUCUUUCUUGGGAGGAAAUUUGGACCUUCCAAAUACCACACCGCUCCCUCCGCUCACUGAUCGAUCGUCGGUUCUACUGAAGGUUUUGGAUUAAUGGGGAAGGACUCAAAACCAAAAGACUCGGGAGCUAAGGGCAAGGGUAAGCAGGCAGGAGGUGCAAGCAAUGAGAAUACUUUAAAGGGGAAAGGAAAAUCUGGGAAGGCUGCUGAUGGGCUUGGCACAUGCACAUAUGUCAAAGCGAGGCAUAUCUUAUGCGAGAAGCAAGGAAAGAUCAAUGAAGCAUACAAGAAGUUGGAAGAUGGUUGGCUUAGUAAUGGAGACAAGGUUCCUCCAGCAGAGUUUGCAAAGUUAGCUGCAGAAUAUUCUGAGUGCCCUUCAGGGAAAAAAGGUGGUGAUCUUGGAUGGUUUCCUCGAGGUAAAAUGGCAGGUCCAUUUCAAGAUGUCGCAUUUACCACACCUGUUGGAGCUACCAGUGCACCAUUCAAAUCAACGCAUGGUUACCACAUAAUUUUGUCUGAAGGGAGGAAAAACUGAUGGAACUUUGCAUUUCCUAUCAAGCUAGUGCAAGACUCCAGCCGCAGAAACAGAAACAAUGUCUCUGUACUAUGAACAUUUUGGUAUACUGGAAUAUAAGUAAUUUUCCUUAUGUUUUGCUUUGUUUUGUUUGUCUUUGGUCUUUAUUCGUAAACCCAAAUUGAGCAUUGACAUGAGGAUUUGGUAUGUAUUGCAUAUUGAAAACCUAUGUGGAAGAUGCUCCACCUGAAUGUCAAUGAGGAGAAACCAUGGAUAAAAAUCAUAAAUAAAAAGAAACUGACAAUGGAUUCUAUUGC